UAUUUAACGACACUGGCUGGGGUGGGGAAUUGAAGCGAGUCAGCGACUAAGUUGACGUUGACUUGACGUUGACGUUUGAGCCAGUCGAGUUGUGCCCUAAUUCAGAAAGAAUUGAAUUCCGGGAAGGAAGUUCUGAAUUUCUCAUUGAAGGAACGCAAAAUCAUAAAAUCAAAUACAGUACCAAAAAAGAAUAAAUUUUUGGUUUGGUGGAAAGAGAAAGAAAAGAAGGGAUCAUCAUGAGGAGUGGGAGAAAGUCGAUCCACGCAAUCACGACAUGGGUGCGGCGGCAACCCCCAAAGGUCAAGGCUUUUCUCGCCGUCGUUUCCGGCAUGGCGGCUCUCGUCCUUCUCCGCUUCAUCGUUCACGAUCACGACAACCUUUUCGUCACCGCCGAGGCUGUUCACUCUCUUGGAAUUUCUGUUCUCAUCUACAAACUCAUCAAAGAAAAAACUUGUGCCGGAUUAUCACUCAAAUCCCAGGAAUUGACAGCUAUAUUUUUAUCUGUUAGGUUGUACUGCAGUUUUGUCAUGGAAUAUGAUAUACACACCCUGCUUGAUUUGGCUACUUUGGUAACCACACUGUGGGUUAUAUACAUGAUUCGUUUUAAAUUGAAGUCUAGUUACAUGGAAGACAAAGACAAUUUUGCUAUAUACUAUGUGAUGAUACCCUGUGCUGUGUUAGCCUUGUUUAUUCAUCCAUCAACUUCACAUCAUUUAUUGAACAGGAUUGCCUGGGCAUUCUGUGUAUAUCUCGAAGCUGUGUCAGUACUGCCCCAACUCCGAGUCAUGCAGAACACCAAAAUUGUUGAGCCAUUCACAGCACAUUAUGUAUUUGCCCUGGGUGUCGCAAGAUUCUUGAGCUGUGCUCAUUGGGUUCUUCAGGUGUUAGAUAGUCGUGGACAUUUGUUGGUUGCCUUGGGGUAUGGAUUAUGGCCGUCAAUGGUGCUUAUUUCAGAAAUUGUCCAGACUUUUAUCUUAGCAGAUUUCUGCUACUAUUAUGUCAAAAGUGUUUUCGGGGGACAGUUUGUUCUCCGCCUACCUUCUGGAGUGGUGUGAUAGAAGAUUCACAUCACUGCAUACUUGUGUUUAAAUUAACUUAAUCAAGCAAUAUGGUCGGUUGUCAUUGUCGGGGUCCAUAUUGCGUUGAAAAUGUUUGGCUCCUUGGAAGAAUCUGGUUCUUUGUAAAGUUAGAGAUGAAGGGAAAGCUAGAAAUUUAUGUUGAAGGUACAGUAUUUGUAGCUGGAAAUGCUUUACAUAUAACAUGUCUAUUUGCUUAGGCUCUUCAAAUUCAGUUCUUGACAGAACUUUUCCACGUUAUCGUAUUUUAACUGCUUGACUUGAGCCAAUGAGGGAGUCGUCAUAAAGUUGCUUUGAAGGGAUUAUAUUUUCCGUCACAUUUAGAUUAAAGUAUUUGUUGAAGGUUUUCUUUU